AUGCCACCCUCAUCAGCAGCAGAAGGUUCCACGAAGAGGAAGAAGGGGGCCGCCGCACCACACCUCAAGUCUCGCUCUCGGAAUGCUCGAAAGCUCAAGAGGAGUGCCGAAGAUGCCGAGAUCGCUCAGCUUGAAGAAGGUGCACAGGCAUUUGAGCCGCCCAUCGAUCUCAAGCACUUCGCUCAGCUCCCACUCUCCGACCGUACACGUAGAGGCCUCAAGAAGGCAGGCUACACCGACCUGACCGACAUCCAGGCAAAGUCGAUCCCACUCUCGCUCAAAUCCAAGGAUGUCCUUGGAGCUGCCAGGACAGGCUCUGGAAAGACGCUGGCAUUCCUGAUUCCCGUCCUCGAGAUUCUCUACAGAAGCAAGUGGGGUCCUUCCGAUGGUCUUGGCGCGCUGGUCAUCUCGCCGACAAGAGAGCUUGCCAUCCAGAUCUUCGAGGUUCUGCGCAAGAUCGGACCUUACCACACCUUUUCUGCCGGACUUGUCAUCGGUGGCAAGGAUGUCAAGCAAGAAAAGGAUCGUCUAUCACGCAUGAACAUCCUCGUCGCCACACCGGGUCGUCUUUUGCAGCACAUGGAUCAGACACUCGGCUUUGACACCUCAAACUUGCAGGUGCUUGUGCUCGACGAAGCAGACCGCAUCCUUGACAUGGGCUUUUCGCGCACCCUCAACGCCAUCGUCGAAAAUCUGCCCCGGGACCGACAGACGAUGCUCUUUUCCGCAACACAAACAAAGCGCGUCAAGGAUCUGGCGCGGCUGUCCUUGCAGGAUCCCGAAUACGUGGCCGUGCGCGAACCCGAGAACGAAAGUUCCACGCCUCGAGGCCUCGAGCAGCACUAUAUGCUCGUCGAGCUCGACAAGAAGCUCGAUCUGCUUUUCUCGUUCAUCCGCACACACACCAAAUGCAAGGCGCUCGUCUUCAUGAGCUCAUGUCGACAAGUUCAGUUCGUCCACGAGACCUUCUGCAAGUUGCGACCAGGUGUCAGUCUCAUGGCGCUCCAUGGAAAGCAGAAGCAGGCAAAGCGUCUACAGAUCUUCACUCAGUUUACCAAGACGCAGCACGCACUCCUCUUUGCUACCGACAUCGCUGCACGCGGGCUCGACUUCCCUGCCGUCGACUGGGUCAUCCAGCUCGAUGUGCCAGAGGACGUCGACACCUACAUCCACCGAGUCGGACGAACCGCUCGAUACACUGCCAAGGGCAACAGCUUGCUCUUUGUGCUGCCUAGCGAGGAGAAGGGUACCCUCGAGGCGCUCGCCACCAAAAACAUCCCCGUCGGCCGCAUCAAACCAAAAGAAAGCAAGACGCAGAGCAUUCAAAAUCAGCUGCAGGCGUUUGCCUUCCAAGAGCCCCAGAUCAAGCACUUGGCCCAGAAAGCUUUCGUCUCGUACGUGCGAUCCAUCCAUUUGCAGAAGAACAAAGACAUCUUCGAUGUCACCGCACUACCGCUCGAACCCUUUGCCGCCGCGCUCGGUCUGCCUGGUGCGCCCAAGGUCAAAAUCGUCAAAGAGGCCGCCAAGGCCAAGAAGGCUGCUGCCUACAAAGCUGCCCAGCAGCAGGCGGACACAACCGGCGAACAAGCAGGCGACGCCUCCGACGAUGACGCGCAAACCAGGAAUGGCAAGGUGCGCACCAAAUACGACCGCAUGUUUGAGCGCAAGAAUCAAGACAUUCUCAGUGAGCACUACUCCAAGCUCAUCGCAGACGAUGCCUCCUCCGCAGACAGCGCCGACGAUUCGGAGCCCUCCGACGAUGGCUCUGACUCUGCUACGACUGGCGACGAAGAUGACGUCGAGGGGCGCGAGGAGACUCGAUACGGCCGAUCCGCUGGUCGCUCCAAGGAGGACCGUCUCGUCGGCAGUGAUACGUCGGACUCGGAGGACGACGAUGACGAGGUGGGCAAUUCGACCGCGAUGCUCCGCGCAUCCAAACAGACGUCCAAGACCGGCCUCGCUACCGCCGACGGGGACGCGGGCGACGACUUUCUCACGCUCAAGCGUGCUGACCACGCGCUCGAAGAUGACGGCGAUGCAUACGGCAUCGGCGGAGAGGACACUCCGGUCACAAUGGAGCAGGCGAAAGCCGACGCCACCGAGAAUUUGUCGAAACGCAAGCUGGCCAUGGGUCAAAGCAAAAAGGCGCUGGCUCUCGCCGGCAAACGUGGCAUCGGCGAGAAGCUCGUCUUUGACGAGGAUGGCCAAGCACAUGCGCUGUACGAGCUCCAGGACGAAGAAGCCUUCAGCAAGCAGGGAGAUGCCAAGACGCAGGCGCAGCGCUGGGCGGACGAGGAACGCGAGCGCAUGCAGCAAGCCGAUGUCAAGGACAAGGAGCUCGCCAAGGAGAAGCGUCGCGAGAAGCGUCGACGACAGAAGGAGCGCGAAAAGGCGCUUGAUGACAGCGACGGCGAAGGGGACGACGAGAGCGAGGCCGAAGACGAUCAAGACGGUCGCGCCGUGUUGGCGCCCAUCGACAACCGAUCGGACGGCUACGAGACGCCUGACUUUGAUCUUUCCUCCGAGGAUGAGGAUGAGGUUGAAGACGAUGAUGACGACGACGACGAGGUGGCGUAUGAGGCACCGGCCUCAAAGCGUCGCAAGACUGUCGAGCUGUCAACAGCUUCGAAACAAAAGCCUCAGGCCAAGAAGAGCAAGCUCGAGCAAGAGGAAGAGCUUGCUCUACGCCUGCUUGCCGGCGAUGCCUGA